AGGGCAGGAGGAAGGCACUCACACCUGACAACACCCAACUCCUCUCAACCCACCAGCCCACACCAGCCCCAGACACCACCAUGACCGGCUCCUGCUGCGGCUCCUUCUCCUCCCAGAGCUGUGGGGGAGGCUGCCUCCAGCCCUGCUGCUGCCGCGACCCCUGCUGCUGCCGCCCCGUGUCCUGCCAGACCACCGUGUGCCGCCCCAUCACCUGCGUGCCCCGCUGCACGCGCCCCAUCUGUGAGCCCUGCCGCCGCCCCAUCUGCUGCGACCCCUGCGGCCUGCAGCAGGGCUGCUGCCGCCCCAUCAGCUGCUGCCCCUCGUCCUGCACGGCCGUGGUCUGCAGGCCCUGCUGCUGGACCACCACUGGCUGCCAGCUCCUGUCUGUGCAGGCCCCCUGCUGCCGGCCGCCCUGCUGCCAGCCGGCCCCCUGCCGCACUGUCUGCAGGACCUCCCCCUGCGGCUCCUGCUACUGAGCAGCCCACUACCACUAGGGGUCUCCCUGGAUAUGCCCAGGUCCAUCAAGAUGUCCUUGCUGGCUGUGUGGCAGAACAGCGUGCGCUUUCUUGAGAAACCCUUUCCAUAUGCCAUGUUAUCUGUUGUUGAAUAAAUAAACCUAACGCUGUCAGCUUGAAA